AUGGCUUCUCGAUCCCCGGCGGCGAUUACUCCACUGCCAAAAUUAUCGUCGGCUCCCCAGACGCCCAUCGUGAGGGAUACAACGGCUGUACCAUCAACAGUACCACAACCUGUCCCCUUCCCUCCUCCACAGACGUUCGAUAUCAUUCCGCCAUUGCACGGUCUGCUUCUCCGAUUACUCUCACCACAGGCGAAUACGGAAGGUGUAUCAAAUGACACACGAGCCGCCGAAGACUCUGGUGCAGCUACCGCUCCCACCGGCACCACGUCCACUGCAGCAGUCCAGUCCCAAUCUCACCCACAACAACAGCAAUCGGCUGCUGGGAACCAAAAUAAUGACGGCCAUGGCGUAAUGCCCACUGUUUCCUCUGCGGCACCAGGUAGCGCCUCCGCUGCGGCCGAAAUAGCUGCGUUGAGUUCAAACGCGCCUCCACCGCUAGACAUCAAAGACCUUCCUACCGAGGCCAGCUCCAUCAAGAUUCGUAUACAGAAAGCACAAGCUGUGGUGGAGAGCCUGCCUGACGUUCACCGUUCAGUUGUGGAGCAGGAGAAGGAGAUCAAAGAACUUGAGCACAGAAUAUCUAGACUCAAAUCGGUCAUCUCCGAUUUUGGGAGAAGAGCCGACCCUGCGAAAACAGAGACAACAGAGAUUGAAGCAGCUUGA